AAAGUGAGAGAGAUGCCUCUUAUAAAGCCAAGUCCUGUCUCUUUGGGAAGAAUUUGCGAGCAGUGAGACUGGACUUUGGGUCAGAAACAGGAGCCAGAUGAGCCAGUGACCGCCUCCAUAAUUCUCCUCAGUGUUGUAUCAGUGUUGUCGGACGCAGGCUCCUGAAUUUACUCUUCCUGAAGAGUUACAGUCCCAGUUGUGUUGUGUGAGCAUGCGUAUGACAACAAAGCAGACAUGUGGACCAAAGGCUGAGGCUCCGGGCUGCUAACUCCUCUCUGCACCUGCAACCCUCACUGUAAAGAUGACAUCUGCCACACCCCCUUCCUCUCGUAGCUCCUCGCCUCAGAAGGUGUGCCACUCCCAAACGCAGACAGACGUUUUAAAACCCUUACUGGGUGGUGGCGCAUCUGGUGGUGGCGGGACUCUGAGGAAGAGGAGGCGGGUCCUGUCCAAAGAUGGGCGUAGCAACGUGCGCAUCGAGCAUGUCAGCGGGCGAAGUGCUCUGUACAUGCGUGACCUCUGGACAACUUUUCUGGACAUGCAGUGGCGCUACAAGUUCUUCCUGUUCACGGCAACGUUUGCGGGGACCUGGUUUCUAUUUGGGGUACUGUGGUAUCUGAUGGCCCUGGUGCACGGAGAUCUACUUGAGUUCGACCCUCCAUCAAACCACACGCCCUGUGUGAUGCAGAUGCAGACCCUGACGGGGGCUUUCCUCUUCUCCCUGGAGACCCAGACAACCAUUGGUUAUGGUUUCCGCUGCAUCACUGAGGAAUGCCCAGCUGCCAUCAUCCUCCUCAUCGUCCAGCUCGUCAUCACAAUGCUGAUGGAGAUCUUCAUCACUGGUACCUUCCUGGCCAAGGUUGCUCGGCCAAAGAAGCGAGGUGAGACGGUGAAGUUUAGCCAGCACGCUGUGGUGUCGACCCACGAAGGCCGACCCUGCCUGAUGAUCAGGGUGGCCAACAUGCGCAAGAGUCUUCUAAUUGGGUGUCAGGUGACAGGAAAACUGCUCCAGACAUCUCUCACUAAAGAAGGGGAGACGGUUCGUCUGGACCAGAGGAACGUUCCCUUCCAAGUGGACAUGUCCAGCGACAGCCCCUUCCUCAUCCUGCCCCUCACCUUCUACCACCUCAUCGACGACAGCAGCCCCCUGCGAGCCUGGGCAGCCAAGGGUGGGGGCUGGACAGAUCCAGAGUUGGCAGACUUCGAGCUGCUGGUCAUCAUGAGCGCUACAGUUGAGCCGACCUCUGCCACAUGCCAGGUCCGCACCUCCUACCUGCCGGAUGAGAUUCUCUGGGGCUAUGAAUUUCCCCCUGUAGUCUCCCUUUCCCCAUCAGGCAAAUAUGUAGCAGACUUUGCCUUCUUCGACAAAGUAGCCAAGACUAAGACCACGCCCAUCUUCAAACCAUCCAGCCCCCAGCAUGAGUACCAGAGCAACGGGGGUGGGACUGUGCCAGAGGUGUCCGAUCCGGAGAAGAUCCGUCUGGAGCAGAGCUACAGGGAGAGAGGGGAGGAGCGUGGCCGGGUCAGAGACACUCCUCUCAGUGUUCGCAUCAGCAAUGUGUGAACCGAAAAAAUGGUUGAGGAGGGAAUGUUUCACAGAGAGAAACAUGCAGCAGACUGCCAAGUUAAAUGUUGAUUGCAACAUCAUAUCAAAACAGCCCGAGAGACUUUUCUUUUUUAGACUGUUUUGGACUUCUGGAAGAUACCUAGGUCCUAGUAGCACCAAAUGAUGAAGAAUGGAAAUAGGUAAGACUAUGGACUUCUGUCUGGUGAAGUCUGUCAUACGUUUGCUGAGAUAAGACAUGUUUAACUGUAUUCAUAUGAUGGCAUAACACAUUGCAUAACUGCAACUACUAUUUACAUUUGAGUGUGGUGAGUGCACAUGCACCUCACAUAUACUGUAUACACUUUUAUAACUAAGAAAAUAACAGGCUGGAUUAUUUAUUUGCACAGAAAGAAACAGAUAGUUCUCACUCAAAAAACGGCCUUAUAGGCCUGUGCGAGCAGCUUAUUAUGACCCAUAUUUCUGAUUGCCUCUAGAGGCUUUUUUACUAUGCAAGAUGAUUCAGUAUAAAAAGGGACAAAAUCAGCACAGGGAAGUGGCCAGGGGAGGAAGCCGCUGCUUGUGCCCUGUGUGAGCUCAAAAGUCAAUGAUUAAUUAUUUUAACUUAUUAACGUGGCACAUGAUCACACCAUGAUUGGUAUGGACUAUAUGAUCACAUCAUGUGCUACAUCACGUAUGUAACAUCACCAGGUAACUUUUCCUAAUCCUAACCAAGUAGUUUUGUUGCCUAAACCUAAUCAUAAAACAACAACAGCCGUUCAAAAAUGACAUCAUAUUAAAAAUACAACAUACGCAAUCUGAUAUACAAAAAUUCACAGUAAAAUAGGAAAACAGCUAUUGCCUCCAUCACCACAUUCUUAAUUAUUCCCUUAAAUUCAUCAAUGGGUAUGACUGUAGAUUAUUUAGAAGAUUAUUCUGCAUAGAAGGAAAAUGCAUUUCCCCCCAGAUCUGUCAAAUCCUGUGGUACAUUCACAAAAGCAGCCACUUGGAGGAGCAUAGCUGGUAACUACAAGAGCUUAGACAAAAAAAAGUGUAUAGCGGUAAGCUAGAAGUUUACCGAGUAUUACUUUAUAGAUAAAAACGAACCAAUGCUGUUGUCUUCAAUUGGCCGAUGAUGUCCAACCCGCUUGCACAAGGACACCCUUUCAAUGAGAUCACAUCAGUUAAACAUCAACUGUAAGACUUUUGAGAAGGCCAUAAACUUUUGAGCAUUUAAAAGCAUUUUUAAACUCAGCAGGGCAGAUUGUAAUGACUGAAAUGCAGUUUGGAGCUCUACCAGCGCUUCCUAUGGAGGGAGCAUGCAUAUAAAUGACAGUGUCAUCAGCAUAGAGGUGUAUUUUUGCUUGAAUGUCCAAACCCAAGUCAUCUAUAUAAGUAGUGAACAACAUAGGUCCCAAAACAGAAUCCUGAUCUUGUGGCCCUUUGUCCAUGCAGAGAUCGUACAAUGAAGUUGUAGAGAUUGUCCUGAGACGAUAGAGAACGUACGGUUACAUUGUAUCCAUACGUUCUCUAUCGUCUCCACCGCAUUACAUAUUUCAUAUGUAAGGGGUAGCUCGAGAGAUAGUCUCAAGACAAUAGAGAACCACAAAUCUGAUUUUCUUGAGAUAACUAAAGAUAUCCCCCAGGGUUUUAUUUUGGAUGUUUUUGGGUACCCCUUCUUGGGUAAGGAAAUUCAAGCAAAAAUACACCUUAAUGCUGAUGACACUGUUGUUUAGGUAUGAGGACAUGUGGGGAACAUAAAAACAAAGAUACUAAACUAAGCAAGAAGUGAAGGUGGCAGAAAACCCAGUUUUUUAUUUGUGUCCUCCCCCUGCUUAGUUAAAUUAAGUUCAGGAUGUGUGGUUACUUGGGCAGGAAACACUCAGAUAUGGGAGAACUUGUCAACUUCCUCUUAAAUACAUGUUGUUAACACCCACAGACAGUUUUAAGUGUAUGUUCCACAUUCAACUUCAUAUAACUUUGUAUUUCAGCUCAGUUUCUUUUAUUACUGUAAAAACACCAAUAAGUAAUGCUCUGCCAGUUCUUAUAGAAAAGAAACCCACCCACACCCCCUUAACAACACUCCUGUGAUAUCUUUACACUUCCUGUUGUAGAAGUAUUAAAGACUCAGAGAAGACAUUUAUGUGUAUUGUAUAUAUCAAUGCACUGUAAUAUGCUAGUUAAAGCACUGUCUGGUAAACUUAUGUAGCACUACAACUGGAAUGUAGACAAACUUCAGAUUGAACAUAUUGUGUUCGAGGUGCUCUGUAUACUGUAUCUCUUGAUGGCAUGUGGGCAUUUUAAUGUACUGUAUGAUUGUUUGUUGUUGCUGUUUCAAAACAGAAAGUUAGCACUUUAUGCACCAUAGAAAGAUUAUCAUGGGAAUUUAUGUUUUUAAUAACACUAAAAGCACUUACCCAUUAAAUAUAAAAAAAUAAACAUUGUAAAAAAAAUAAUUAAAUGCUGCUGCACAUAUAUGGAUAUAAAUACCCAUCAGGUUAUUGUGGGUUGCCAAUGUUACUGUAAAAAUGUGAUUUGAAGUUACUAACAUUACUAACUAACAUUUUGUCAAAGCCCUUUUUAUUUUUCAGUGUAGAUGACACGAGGACCAGCUGAGGUGAGUGCUGAGGAUGUGAAAGAGCUGUUGGAAGUCUCUAAUAAUGAUAUUCUGAUGGAAAUGUGUGAAAUGAUGAGUCAGGGAUGAGUAUGAUUGAUAUGAAUCUGUUGGAAUUUGCAUAUGUAACAUUUUAACUAACAUCAAGCUCUUGAAUGUCUAUAGUGUUUAAAGUGCAGAUGGAGAGACUGAAUGAGACAGUUCUCUCUAAAUGGUUUAAUAAAGCUGAUUAUAAGUUAUUAAA